AGAGAAAGCGGGAGGAGACUUUCACUCUCUGGUCACCUGAUCCGGCCCCGCGGGCCACGUGAUCCCGUGCCCAUCGUCGCCAUUUUGAAGCGGUGCCUCUGAAGAGAGGGAGGGGAAGGUGGAGGCGCGAAUGCCACAGGGUCCCUCCUUCCGGGAAGAUAUUAUGGAAGCGAGCAAAAAUAUUACAGCACUCAUCUCAAAUAUCGGCGAACAAGAAGCAGUACUGAUCUCUGAAGCAGCCUUAAGCCCAAGCUCAGAAAGUGGCGAAGAUCAGAAGUGUAACCCUGAUCCACUCAUUCAGGUCAUUCAAAAGCUAAGCAAGAUUGUUGAGAGUGAAAAAACUCAGAAAUGCCUUUUGGUAGGAAAAAAACGCUUGCAUCCCGACACUUCACUGCUGUCACUUGAACCACAGAACCUCCUAGAGAUUCCUCCCAAAACCAUUGAACUGCCUGCUUUGGGCACCAUUAAUAUAGAGGAUUAUUAUGUAACAGACAGUCCUCCACUAAGCAAAAGGAAAGUGAUUUGUUACCAGUGCAGCCUCUGUAAAUCUUUGUCUCCCACUCUUCCCUUAUUAAAAGAACACAUCAAACAACAUGGCCAGCAGAACGAAGUAAUACUUAUGUGUUCCAUGUGCAGUUUUGCCACUAGAAGUCUUGAAGAGUUUGAGGCUCACGUCAAGCAUCACCCGGAGAAUGGUGACAAAACCCAUACACUGUCAAAGGAACAACAGUGUUUAGGUCUUUCAAGCACUACUUUGCAGGGACCGGUAGAAAGUCUUGUCAAAGUAGGAACUGAUGCGGUGGCACAGCUUCAGCCUCACGUUACUGCGAAGGAGCGGCGAAAAUGGUAUACUUAUGAACAAUACGGCAUGUACCGCUGCUUGAUUUGUAGUUACACUUGUGGCCAGCAAAGAAUGUUGAAAACGCAUGCUUGGAAACAUGCAGGUGAAGUGGAUUGCUCUUAUCCCAUAUUUGAGGAAGAAAAUGAACAAGCUUCGUUGCCAGAUCCCACUGCUUUAGGCGUUCCUCACAGCAUGGAUACGGUUGUCCUUUCGUUGGAAAAUAACGAACUGGGUCUCUGUGACGACCAGGCUGUUCAGCUCCACAUUUGCAGUCCUGAGCAAAUGACUUACAAACCUUUGCCAUCAGAAGAACCUAUGAAAGAAGAGGCAGUCCUAAGUCAAUCAACUGCACUUUCACCCACAGGAAAACUGUUGGAGGAAACCAUAUCUGACGCAGAUUUCGAACAAGAUAGUGUGGCAAGUGACAGCUUACUUUCCUCAGCCCAGAAAAUCAUUAACUGCAGUCCAAAUAAAAAGGGCCACGUUAAUGUCAUAGUGGAACGUUUGCCAAGUGCCGAGGAACCUGUCUUGCAGAAGCCUUAUUCGAUGGAGGCUGAAAUGGAGGCUGAAAAAAAAGUAAUUUCUGAGCAUAUCAGCAUUUCUCGAGAUGGACCAGGGGACAUUUAUCACAUGGAUAAAAACUCUGUUGAACUUGAAGAGGUUAUAAUUGGAUGGAGCAGCACAGAAAAGAGAGAGGGGGACAUAAAUCCUGCCAGAGCCAAAGAAGCAGAUGAAAAUGCCCCUCCUGCAAGGAGAAGAACAAAUUCAGAGUCCUUGAGGCUGCAUUCGCUUGCUGCUGAAGCCCUUGUGACGAUGCCAAUCCGAGCUGCAGAGCUUGCUCGAUCCAGCCUCCGGGCCGUUGCCGAAGUAAAUGCCUUUGGUUCAGAGUCUGGGCAAAGGCAAACUGAAGUGCAUUCUAAACUGGCAACAUCUCUUGAAACUGACGAACUGACUAACCUAAACCAAACUGAGUGUACUAUCAUGGAAAUUCAGAAGGACAAACCAGAGUUAACCGAAGGUCCCAUGAAAAUGGGCAUCAGCAUGUCACUGCUCACUGUCAUUGAAAAACUGAAAGAAAGGACCGACCAGAAUGCCUCUGACGAUGACAUUCUGAAGGAGUUGCAAGACAACGUUCAGUGCCAACCGGCCAAUGAUGCCAGUGUCCUGGGGAGCAGCUUGGUGGAAUAUCUCCCCAAUGAUGACCGUCCUUUCCGGUGCCGCUUGUGUCACUACAGCAGUGGCAACAAGGGGUACAUUAAGCAGCACCUGCGGGUUCACCGCCAGAGGCAGCCCUACCAGUGUCCCAUCUGUGAGCACAUCGCUGACAACAGCAAGGAUUUGGAAAGCCAUAUGAUCAACCACUGCAAAACACGGAUGUACCAGUGCAAACAGUGUGAGGAAUCCUUUCAUUACAAGAGUCAGCUGCGAAACCAUGAAAGAGACCAACACAGCCUUCAAGAGAUGUACUCAGCAGCUUCAACUGAUAGUCUAAUAACUUGCAGUGAAGUGGAUGAAAGAGUUGGGGAUAGGAUUUCUGUCCAGAAACUGUAUCGGUGCGAUAUCUGUGAUUACACAAGCACAACAUACGUUGGUGUACGGAAUCAUAGACGGAUUCACAACUCUGAUAAGCCAUACAGAUGUCGAGUGUGCGACUUUGCAACAACUAAUAUGAAUAGCCUGAAAUGCCAUAUGAGGCGCCAUCCACAGGAGCACCAGGCCGUUCAGCUGAUGGAGCAAUUCAAGUGUUCUCUGUGCGGAUAUGUGUGUAGUCAUCCUCCUUCAUUGAAAUCCCACAUGUGGAAACACGCAAGUGACCAAAAUUAUAACUAUGAACAAGUGAACAAAGCUAUUAACGAUGCGAUUUCACAAAACGGCAGGUUUCCAGCUCAGCUUCCUGGGAAGAUGAUAAUUGAAAGCUCUGACGAAAGCUCAGUUCCUGUGACAGGGAACUCGGAGGGCUUGACAUUGCCAGAAAAGACUGCUGUCAAAUCUAUGAAUUCUGAUGAAAAGCAAAACUCUGCUUCUUCUACAACAAAUACCUCGUCCAGUUCAGAAAAAAACACUAACUUGGGCACAGAAUACUGCGUCCUCCUCUUCUGCUGUUGCAUCUGUGGAUUUGAAUCCACCAACAAAGAACAUUUGUUGGAUCAUAUGAAGGAGCAUGAAGGCGAAAUCAUAAACAUCAUUCUAAACAAGGAUCACACUGCGGCUCAAAGCAUCAGCUAGGUGGAAUUGAAUUGUCAACUUUUCCUUUAAAGAAGAAACAUCCUGUCGAUCAUUUCCUGAAGUGCUUGCUACAGAGAAGACCUGUAACAAAAAACAGUAAUGUCCCCAAAUUCGCAAGUCUUUGUGUCAACAGGAAAGCUGAUUAUUUCAUAAGCUCUUGACACAACUGAACAGUAAAUACUCCGUUGAUGGUAAUGGGCCACUGAGACUGUUAUCCCUGCUGACAGAGACAUUUUCAAUGCCUGUUACUAAUCCAAAAUAUAGUAUUAUAAUAGGAAAUUCACACUAAGGUGUUAACUUAAAGGGGUUUAAUCUCCAUGCCUUGAAACUUAUCUUAAGGGUGUCGAAUUCAUUUCAGAUACAUAUUUUUAAUCUCAAUGUGAACAACUAUAAAUUCACGAAGCAGAAGAUUCCCAGAGAGUGAAAGAGAAGAUCAAGCAACAUUUUGAGCCCAAUUGCUUCUUUUGCAGGAGAGAACAAUUCCUGUCUGAUACAAACAGCAUGAAACAAGUAGGCAUGUCACAAAUUACUUGGCUGGCUCGAUAUGAGUUGGGUGGUGUGUUUUUUUUUUUCCAGUAUGAGUAUAAUAGGAUGUUCAGAGUGUAUAUCUAAAUAUGUCUUGUUCAACCCAAACUUUGAAAUACGUAUGUAAGCAAGCAUUUAAGUGGUAUUUAAUUUCAGUAUCUAGAGGUGCCAUAACAUACAUGGAGGAGCAGGAAAUGUAGAAGAAGAGGUUAUUGCUAAACUUUCAAGCAGACUGUCUAACAAAAAUUAAAGAAGUUUCCUUCUCUUCAUAUAACAUUUCAAAACCCGCUCAAGAUGGGAUAAUCUGAGAGCAGAUAAAAAUAUAGCAAGUUGGAAUUUGUUUUUCACCCAUUUCCACCAUUGAAGAGUUCUGGCCCAGUCUACUGAAUAUUGCUAGAAAUUAUUCUUGGUCUGACAUGGUUCUAAAUUGAUCGCUAAAAAUAUUGGAUUAAUAUACUUGCUUCCAACUGUGUUUUUUUCUCCUUUCGCUGUGAUUCUGCCCACAGUUUUUCUGUUUGACUUCCAUCAAUUUCAGUGUGUAGCUAAAUAGCUAGCUUUAAAUACUUCAGCUUCUGGUGUUACUUCAAGAAAUUACUUAAUUUGGAUACAUAAAGUCCCUUUUCUAUAGUUGUUCACUGCUUCACAGGAAACUGUGUCAACAUUGAAUUGAUUUCCUAAGAGCUGUAGAACAUAUUUCUUCUGUAUUUAUUUAUCUAUGUGUUUCUAAUUAUAUUUUAGCACAAAUAAGCUAGAAGCGCACAGUUUGCAUGGUGCUACUUGAAUUUGGCUCCCCAAACUGUGAAGUUGGAUAAAUGGAAAUAAAAUUGUAUAUAAUGUUUGAGUUUUAAAUACUUAAUACAGAAAUUGUUCAAGGAGGCAUUCCGUAAGACUACCUAUUAACUAGGAUGUCUCCAGUUUGGAUUAUUAUUUAAUCUAUUUCUCUCUAAAUUCUAUGCAACAGUGUGGUUAAAAGGUGUUACCAUAUAGCCUAGAAUUUACAAAAAUAUUUCAAAUAUAUGAAAAAUAAGAUUUAGAAAUGCAGAGGUUUUUAUAUUUGAAAAAGAACAAACAGGAAAAAAAAUGAGAGGAGAUGCUUAAUACGAAGGAUGCUAUAUUUUACAGCAGUUGUUUUGAAUUUAAGCUUGAUCAGAAUGGGCAUCCAUUAACAAAAAAUAUCAGUGCAUUGGGUUGUUACAUUCUAUAUUCUUUUUUAUAUUAGUAUGAUGUCGCCAUACUUGCAUACUUCUGUUGUGCUGAGAAAUAGAAAACGAGAAGUUGUCCCUGUGUUCAGGUUCCUUGAAGCACUGCUCCAUCAAAAGGGUUGAAAGAAAAUCCAAAAUAGUUUCUCAUUUAAGACCUUGAGAUUGAACUACUAACGUUCCACUGCUGCUUUUAUAGCUUCUGUUUAGAAC